CACAAAUGAAUGGUCGUGUUUGUGACACACAACACAUUUGUGGACCACAAUUUUACUUCCUCUAUCUUGUGAUUUUAUGACUACUAGAGAGCCAAGGUGUUCAGAAUCGCUUCUUUCUUUUCCUCGCAAUGGCAACUAUGCACUCUCUUGCAUUAUCCUCUUCACUCUACAGAAACUCAGUUCAGAAGCCACGCUCAUACUCAGUUUCUUCUGCAAUCGUCCAUGGAAGUUUGAACUUUAACUCCUCAUUCAAUGGCCAACAUUUACAUGUGCCAAGUUUGAGAUUACCAAUGAUAACUCAAAAAACUCCCAUGUACACGCCGGUUAUCAUGAUGGCGGGGAAACCGAAAAUACAGUUCAUUCAAGGAACUGAUGAACUGACAAUACCAGAUGUGAAGUUGACAAAAUCAAAAGAUGGAACCAAUGGCAUGGCUAUCUUCAGGUUUGACCAACCUUCAGUUUUUGAUUCUUCAGGAGAAGUAGGUGACAUUACUGGUUUUUACAUGAUUGAUGAGGAAGGAGUCCUUCAAUCAGUUGAUGUAAAUGCUAAAUUUGUCAAUGGAAAGCCUUCAGGAAUCGAAGCAAAGUAUAUAAUGCGGACUCCACGGGACUGGGAUCGGUUCAUGAGAUUCAUGGAGCGUUACUCGAAUGCGAAUGAUUUGCAGUUCAUAAAAUAUUGAGUUAAAUUUGCUAACUUUUUGCCUUUUAUUCUUUUGUCCUCUGUCAAGAAGCUUGUUUUCUGUAAUUUAGUUACCAGCAUGUAACUGAUUUUCUAUACAUCUCAAAGCUUAUUGUUCCAA